AUGGGCCCCAGGAGGCCCAGGAUGAGGCCCCCACCGCUGCAGUACAAAGAGGAGCAGCAGAUGAGGUACCUCUCAAGGCUGAUCGCAAAAAGAAAAGGGGGGGGGCCCCCAAAGGGGGCCCCCCAGCCAAGAAGGCAGCGAAGGGCCAACGAGCUGCUCCGGGGGAAGGGGCCCUUGUGGCUGCAGACGCAAGCGGAUCUAUGUAUUGACCUGCUGACGGCGUUGGGCCGGCUGCGGCCCCAGUGGCGGGGGCGCAGCAACAGAGUUCCUUUUCAGCUGCAUCUGCUGCGGCUGCGGCCCUCGCUGCUGCAGCCUGCUGCUGCACCCCACGCCUGGGUACUUGCUGCAUACAAGGGGGCCCUGGGGCCCCUCGUUGCUCAUAUUGCUGACCUACCGUAUGUACACCUCGCCCCAGGAGAAGCAGAAGAAGUUGUAGAGGAGGUUCAGAUGCUGAAGGGUCCUGCUGCUAUAGAUGCAGUGCUGGGGGCCCUAGAUGCCAUGGGGCCCUGGGGGCCCCCGCGGGGGCCCCGGGGCCUCCACCAACCCGACCCCGACUCAGAGGCUAUGGAGGCUGAGGCGAUGAGAGAUACAGGUGACCCCAGGCAGCAGCUUCUGGUUCAGCAGCAGCAGGUGGUGGUGCAGCAGAAGCAACUGCAGCAGCAGCAGCAGCAUCAGUUUCUGCUGCAGCAACAGCAACAGCAGCAGCAGCAGCAGCAGCUAGAGGCUUCUCGAGCAGCAGAAGCUGCAGCAGAAGGAUGCAGGAGCCCAGCAGACACAGAUGGACUCGGGUGUACGUACACCAGGAUGUACUAG